GAGAACUUUCACUUCAUGAAACUUGCAGUAAUUUUGUUAUAGCCUGAGAAGAAUGUUUAAGAGUAGGAAUUUUGAAUUUCAGAGAUUUUGAAAAUUUUGGUGUGUGAUUGGGAUAUUCUUUGGUAGAGUAAUAACUAAAUCUGAACAAAUGGAGACACAGUAUGCAGUUAUUGAUCUUAUUGCAGAAGGAGCCCAUGGUGUGGUUCACAAGUGUCGCGACCGUAAAACUAAUCAGGUUGUAGCAAUUAAGACAUUGCCCAUUCCAGAUAAAUUUGAAGGAAUUCCGAGCUCUGUAAUUAGAGAAAUUUCUUUAGUUUUGGAUUUGCAGCACACAAACAUUAUCAGGUUACUUGAUGUCCAAAUUAAAGAGAACAGCGUGGACCUGAUUUAUGAGUAUAUGGACAUGACUUUGCAUGAAUUGAUCCGCACCAAACCAAGGGAUAUGUUUAAUUGCCAUCUAAUGAAGGUAAAAGAUUCUUUGUCUGACUAUAUUUCUUCUGUGGCGUUGGGUUUAUCUUUAACUGAUACAAUUUGAUCUUUCCCCCAAAUCUUAUAUC